AUGUCUACCACAGCCACCACGGAAAGUCUUCCUGUGAAGUCGGUCGGGAGUAAGGGGAGCAAAUCAGUGGAGGGGGGAGUAGUGCACUAUGUUCGACCAGGCGAUGUCCCUGUGACCAGUCCACAUCUCGUUCACCUCCCCCAUAUAUCGGAAUUUCGCGACCCUUGCCGAAUUGAACUUCACGAUUUGCGUCCUAUUCGAUCGAUCGAAGAGUACCCUAGGAAUGAGGUGAAACUCGGGGAGCUUGCCGUUCGAGGCUUCCUAGGAGUUCAUUGCCCGUCCGCCUUGAACGCAGCGCCAUACUUUGGUGCCCACUGGCGAGAUCAGAAACUUAUAGAUCGCGUCUAUGUCCCAGAGGCAGUUGACAUGAUUAAGAAGGUCACUGGAGCAAAACAAGCGUUCGUGGAAAUGGUGGUGCUUCGUGCGGCCGCGAGAGAGGAGGUGACGAAUCCAGAACCAUACGGCGCUCCUGAGGGUGAUCUUCCCUAUUAUGAUGGCUUUCAGCCAAACUGCAAGGGUGUUUCCCCAGAACCGAGGGUCCAUGUCGACCUUGCGCCGGCAGGGGCAAGAAAUCAUAUACGUCAUGUUCACCCCAAGAUGAGUGACGCGGUGGCUCCUAUUAUUGCAGCAGAAGAUAGGCUUAAAGCCUUGGGUUUAUCAGUUCAAGAAAACUAUCACGCUCCUGGUAGCAAAAAUCCACGCUGGGCAGUCUAUUCUCUCUGGCGUCCGGUUAAGAGAGUCCCUAGAGAUCCGCUGGCUGUAGCCGACUCUACCACUCUCAUUCCGACAGACUACGUCCCAGCGAACGUCAACAUGGGCACGUAUGAUCAACAUUGCUAUACUGCGACCUUCUCGCCGCGCCAUAAGUGGUAUUGGCUUCCAGAGCAAGAGCCAGAUGAGGUGUUGAUUAUAACAUUAUUUGAUAGUCUGAUGGACAAGCAGCAGCCGAUUCCGGGGGGAGGGGCGUUGCAUACAAGCGUAGACCUCGAAGGCACGGAAAAUGUCACAGAGAAGAGGCAGAGCACAGAAUUAAGAGUUUUGGUGAUUUGGGAUUGA